GCUACAAUGACGUUUGGACAGAAUUCAAAAAACUUGGGGAUAUCGUAAAUGUAACUAUUCCAGUUGAUGUGAACACGGCUAAAGCCAAAGGCUACGCGUUUGUCGAGUAUUCUGAUUGCCAGAAUGCAGCAAAAGCCAUCACCGUAAUGAAUGGCGUUCAGCUAUGGGGACGUAUACUCACAGUUGAGUACUCCCGGAGUUAUCCUAAGAGUUCCGUUUGUACCCGUUUUCACUUUCUUCCUCAAUCUCAGUCAUGUUUUGGCAUAAGACUAUCACCUUUUUGUGUAACCAGCGUGUUGGACUUCAGCAGAUAUCAUACGGUCAUAGAUGACGGUUUCACUCGCAAUCCGGAUUGCACUCGAUCUCUUGCUUGUCUUUUCUUUGUGCAUCACCGGCGUUGUACUAAGCUUCCUGAUUGUUCACAAUUCUUUUGUGCCGGCGCUCAGCUACAAUACAGUACAGAAGCUUCUCGAGAAAUGGCGCUUCGGUCCAUCCUCAACCCUGUGCAAACGGCACUGUGGCCUACAAUGACACCGAGCGCACCGGUUAUUCCACCACGCUCUAGGUCGUUUUCGUCCAGCGCUCGUAGCAGUAGUCGAAGCACAGACCGCUGCUCUUCGUCAUCCUCAUCCUACUGCUCCCGACGUUAUUCACCAGGAAGUCGAAGCCGAUCAUCCUGCUCCAGGCGCUCGUGCUCUUGCUGCAGUCGGUCUAGGGAGCGCCGUCGACGGUCCACAAUUGACUCUCGUUCUCACAGUCGCCGUUCAGUCAGCUCACGCGGCGCACGACGAAGUGUGAGCGGAUCGAUUGAUCGCAAAUCGCGUCGCAAACCCCGCUCCACCGGGCCUACUUCCGAGGGCGAGGUUACAGAUUUCGAUGAUGAUGACCUCUCAGGUUCGGACACAUCGUUAGGUGACAUUCCGGAUAGUGUCGUUAUCGCCGCUAACCUAAUGCACUCACCACCAUCGUCCGUGUCUUUGUACUCUGCUUCCAGUCGGUCGUCCAGCUUCUCAACUCCUCGCAAAAGAAAGCGGAGUAAGGAGGGCAAACGAUGUCGUUCGAGAUUCUCUUCACGUUACUCUUCCACACGAUCAUCGACGGGAGCUAGCAGGCAUUCCCGUCGACGAUAGCUGCUUGUCGUAAAAUUUUUAACCGGUUUUCUCUUUUGUGAUCAAUUUUUCUCUUCUUAUCUUUCCUUGUGUCGGCUGUGAUAAUAAAAGAAUACUCG